AUGUAUUCGACUGUUUCUAAUCUUGGUUUAUUAUCAUCAUCAAAGAGUAUGAAUUCAUUUCAAACAUGGAAUUAUCAUAACGAUUAUCAUUUCGGUGAUGGUUCAUUUCAUCAUUAUAAUCCAUUUUUAACACAAAAAUCCAAUGAUGAUGAAAUUGUUUUAGAAAAAUUUCAUCAUGAUACAUUAAUUAAAUUAGAAACAGGUGAGAAAAAAAAUAUUCAACAAUUAACAAGCAAUGAUUUUAUUAUAAGUGCAAAACAAAACCAACAAUACUCAAGUCUUUUGGCACGCGUAGAAUAUAUAGGUUGUCUUGAUAAAUUAACCGGUAAAACUGAAUUACGUUUUCGUAUAAAUGGAAUUGAAAAACCAGUAUCAUAUUAUGUUUCACAAGAAAUGCCAUUUUUUGUUCAUCAAUAUUCUUGUUGGUCAUCAAUAUCACCGAAAUAUACACAUCAUUUAACUGGAUUAAAUUGUCGUCAAUUAGAAUGUGGUGAUUUAAUAAUAGCUAUUAUUGAAAAAAAAAUUGAUCAAUCUAAAAUAAAUAUUCAACCUAAUUAUAGUCAACGUUCACCAACAAAAUGUUUAGUUGAAAGAUAUAUGAAUGAAAAGAUAUCAUCAUCAAAGGAUAAUAUUAUGUCAAAAAAUAAACGAUUUAAAAUAUAUAAUGAAUGA